CACUGAAGAUGAUUGAUGAUGUAGGUCUGGGGACUGUUGCCAACUUACUUGGCAUGUUCAUAUUUUUUCUAGUGAUUGCUUAUCAUUACGUGACGGCCGACCCAAAAUACGAGGGCAACUGAAAAACUGAGUUGUGUAUGUGUUAAUGGAGAGACCAUAUGGCACCCCAAGAAACACAUGGAUCAUGCAACGUAGUGUUUGAAUUUUGUUAGCAUACCUAAAGACGGGAUAUAAACCGGAAGUUUUGUGUACCUGCAACUUUUGGUAGCUCUCAAUACAAUAAUCUUCUCUUC